CAUUCAUUCAUAUUUGGUCUUCCGGAAGUAUCUCAGGGUCGGGCCAGUCAGUGCUUGCGCGAGCUGACUUGUGGGAUUGAUGCCUUAGAUGAGUAGAAGGUCCUGACUGAUGGCACUGGCAGAGACAUGGAUGAAAAUCAGCAGUUACAUCAGAUGGGAAAGGAACUGGCAAUGGUGCCAUUACAUGGAUUAUGCAAGAUUGCGUAGCACUGUCUGCCAAUAUUUCACUGUUCUCUCAGGUUAUAAUGAAGUGACUUACUCCAUGAGUACUGAAUAAUAUGAUUUCUUCUCUACUGCUGAAUGUACAGAAGUUGCUAUGCGCAAACAACAAACAUUGGACAGGAUAGGUGAGACCAUUCCACAUAUUAAGUGGACUGAUCUUACUGCCACCAAAGAUAGCCAAAUGUCUGUGGGUCAGGAGGGUGAGUUAUCAGAUGAGGGACUCUCAUUGAGGACUGAAUCUAAGGACAAUGUGACCCCAGAUGUGUUUCUUGUUCCACCACAAGAUCAGGCAGAAGUUGUAAAGGAUUAUACUAUGCAGAACUCGCCAAAAAAUGAAUCAGACUCAGACCAGAUGAGUCUUCUUGAAAAUCAGACUGUUGAAUAUAAAUUAGUUACUUUUGAUGAGAACACAAGGAGUCUACCAAUAAACAUGCAGCUGAUAACCAAGAUGGAGUCUGAUAAUGCUAGGUCAGAAGCUUGUGAGGUAACAACCAAAGCUACAAACAUUGCUAACAUCUCAACCAAUGAUUUAUUAGAGAUUAAAGUUCAACGACAAUCUAUUUUAAAUAUAAGUUUCCAUAAUGAUAAACUACCAUCACCUACUGGAGGCAAUCAAACAAACAAGGAGUUGUGUAGUGAGAAUAAAACACAGGUUGUUGAUAUGGCUCAUGUAAGAAGGAGUAAACCUGGGAUGGACAUAAAUGCAAACAAAGAAAGAUUAGAAUAUAGUAAAGACUGUAUUGAAGAUAAUAAAUCACAAAUUUUAUGUGAUGUAAGAGAGGAGAGACUUGAUAUUGGAAGGAACAUGGCAGUGACAAGUUCUUUGGUACAAUGUGAAGAAGACGUGGUAUUAGAUUUAAGCCUACCAAAAAAGAAAGACCUAAAUAAGGAAAGGAAGUGUGAAUGGGUUGUAGACCCUGAAUAUGAAGGUUCACUUCAUAUGGAAGUUGAUGAAAUUGAGGAUGAGCCUCAACUUGUAGAAGUGGAGCAGGAGGAUGAUAAUGAAAUUUGCUGGAUUUCAUCAGUAAGUGACGCUCAUACAUAUCUGCCACAGCAUUGGGAUGGACAUCUGUCCUCCACUUCGCUUGAAGCCAUGCCAACUGCAUCGUACCCCAACAUCAUAACCCCAGAUCCAAUGGAUACACUACUUAUAGAUGACCAGGGCAUUCCUUACACACUCACCGCAGAUGGACUGAAAGUCCCACAAAUUGAUAAUAUACAACACACUGAGGGACUCUCUGAACAAACAGCUCUAAGCACAAGGCAAGCUGAAGAUAAGCCCUCUUUCAUUGCUGAUACACAGGAUAUUGCAGACUCCAGACUACAGAUUCUACCCAAUUCACUAUGUCCAAAUAUGUCUAUAGGUCAUGUCUCAGUGGAAACCUCACAAGUUGCCCCAAACCUGGAGCCAAAAUCUUCUUACAGUUCUGUAGAUCAUGCUAAACCCCCCGUCAUACCUGCCAUGUCUGACUUGGCAUCAGUUCCCAUUCAAAUUGUUGCUAAUACUACAGGGUCAAACACCCCCAUUCUUCUUCUUCCUCCAUCUCAGCUUCAGUCUCUUUCCUCACCAUCCUCUAAAAGUAACCCAGGGCUAAUUACCCUUUCCUUACCGGUUCCUCUUAGUCCAAACACUCAGUCCUCCCCCAUGUUCCUAGUUUUGUCAUCUCCUCAGGUGUCCUCAACUCAGAGUUCGUCCUCGCCUGGGCAAUUAUCUCAGAUUUCUUCCUCUUCAACUGUUGCACUUCCCUUGGCUACUUGUCCACUUGAUUUGGGAUCUAAAUUAAGUUUACGUCCGUCACUUCUCAGCCUCAGCACGAUUUCCUCUGACACAGCUACGGACAUCUCAGGACUGAAUAACCCUUCUAAACUUCCUGCUAGCCCUACCUCAUCAACUGCUUCCUCUAGCACUUCCACAGUGACCUCUACUAGUCCAAACAAGCAAUUCAGCACUGAUGCCUACUCUGACACACCAGUGCCCACUUCUUUUCGGGAGGCCCUUCUCAGAUUGGCUGUGUCUGUGGAGAAGAAACAAGAAAACCUGCCUGAGACGCAUUUGGUCACUACUCCUUCCUCAUGUUCUGAAGCCACCAAGCCAGAUUCCUCUGCCACAGUCCAUGAAAGUAAAAAUAAUGGGACAGAGGUAAACUGUGAAGGUGAGACUGAGUCUACCUCAGUAGACCAAACAGACUCGUUAAAUACCACCUCUUCCACCUCACCCAUUCGUCCUGAAUCACCCAUAAUUCCAAUCAGUGACCCAAAGAACCAAGCAUUAGGCCCUCGUCGCAUUCUUUACUGUCAGUUUUGUUCGCGGGUCUUCUACUAUCUUUCAGACCUUGAGCGCCAUUCCAUCACACACUCCCAAAGCAAACCCCAUGUAUGUCACCUUUGUGGCAAGGCAUUCAAAAGAUCAAGCCAUCUUGAGCGACACAAACACAUCCAUACAGGUCAGAGAAACUUUGUGUGCCAGCUUUGCCCAAGGCGUUUUCGUGAAUCAGGGGAACUAAUGAGGCACCAGAGAGUACACACCGGUGAGAAACCCUUUCAGUGCUUAAUAUGCCACAUGCGUUUUGCAGAGCGCAACACGCUGCGACGUCACAUGAAGCGCAAACACCAGGGCCAGCAGCUGGAGGUGAUGGACAUGAAGGCAAAGCCAGGAAGUGGAGGGAUUUCCCUUGCUGGCAUACAAGGAGAGCCAGAAGAGAAUGCCGAGUGGUACAGUUCAACAGUUCCUGAAAUGGAGUCCGACAGUGACACAGGGGAAGAAUGAACUACAUGAGGGCAUGAACAAAUAGAUUUUCUUUCUUUUUUAAGUUUUAAAAAAGAUAAGCAAAGUUGUAAAUACAUUUAAUUUAUUUUUUAUUGAUAUAAUAAUUCCUUAUUUCUCACCAGUUUCUAUAUUUCAUUCCGUUAAUUCUCAAGACCUUUACUGGUGAUGACUGAACUCGGCAAUAUUCAAGUUCAGAUUCUUUCUAAUAAGCUUCAGUUAUUGAGUAUUUCUUGGUGAAAUACAUUUGUUUUAUUUUUUUACCACAAAUAACUUUGAAUUACACAUUUAUGGUUCUCAUUUCAGUUUUUCGAAUAUACAGCAUCUUUCUUCAAGGGUGUGAUGUAGUUACUGUAAAAGACUAAGAGGCUCAUUAUUGUUAUUUAUAAUUUUAUAUUAUGAUUUCUUAAAGUCAAGUAAUUGCCUAGAUUAGUGCAUCAGUAUAUCUCUAUGACUCUAGGCCCACUAAUGACUUGACCACAUGAAAUUCGCAGCCACAAAACUCAGCAGAUUUCCACAGAAUUGGAACAUACAUCAUUCUCAAAGUUUUAUAUAUCUUUCACUCCUUUCAUUGUAAUAUUCCGCCUGACCUACAGAGGACAGUAUGGAGUUGUGUCCUUUUUAAACUCUUUCAAACAGGGGGCGUGGUUGGAUUCAGAUCUAACUCCUCCAACCAUACAUAUACCUACCCCUACCCGUCUCCACCCCUGGAUCCCUAAACCCACCUAUCUCCACCCCUGACCUACCAAUCUCCACCCCUAGAUGUGGAUCUAACCACACCCCCUGGAUUCUGUGUGAGGGGCUACUGUUGCAUUGUACAAAUCUUCUGACCUGGCAUAUUCAUUAUUGUCAUUUACAUCUUUGUUUUCUGUUGUUUUUAUUGCCAUUCUUUUUCAUCUGGUUAUGGAGCUUACAGGUUAACACGUUGUCUUGUUUGCAUCUGUUCUGUAAGAUGCUUCAGAUUCCCUCCAAAAUGCAGAAGAAGAAGAAAAACUGCUCAUCUGGGCUUUCUCAUGACUCAGCUUUUAUAUUUCCGAACAUGUUUAGAUAUAAUGCAUUAUGGUUGCUGUGAUUUUGCAGAGUAAGACAUGUUCCUGGAUCAACAUCUUUUGUUGAUCCUGGAUCAACAUUACUGUCCAAAAAUACAGACUUAACCCAAUUCCUACUCCUAAACCUAACCUUACCCAUAAUCUAUUCCUAAAA